AUGUCCCUUUGUUUUCGGCCUCGCCUAACCCGGCGCCUGUUUCCGGACUCCCCGUCCCUAUUACCGAAAGUUCCGGGUUUUGUGUUCCCCGCGCAUGCCCGCCGUGUUUUGCCACCACCGCGCACGCGCCUGACGCUGCCCCUGUUGCUGUCAUCACGCUUGCGCUGCUCGCUGCCUCGCUUGCGCGUCUCGCUGCUGCCGCCAUUGCCCCCGCGCCGGCUUUGCCCAUCACGGUCUGAGCCGUCGCUGCUGCGCAUGCUGUGUCUGGCGUUCCCACUAUCGGCACGGAGACUCCCGCCUCCCCCGCUGUCGCACCUGGGGUCGGUGCAGCCGCUGCCGCACUUGGAAUUGGGGCCGGCCCGCGCUCUCCGGCCGCCCCGGUCGCUGUCGCGGAUGGCUGAUUUCCGACUAUCCCUGCGAUCGUGCGCACCGAGCCCGCGCUGUUCCCCGCUAUUUCCGCGUCUCUGUUCCAGGUCAGUCUUUCCAGGCAUCAGUAUUAGGAAACAUUUCUUCACUGAAAGAGUGGUGAAGCAUUGGAACAUGCUGCCCAAUGAAGUGGUUGAGUUAUCAUCCCCAGAGACCCCAUCUCUUCAUUACAACCACCGUCAAAUGGCGCUCACCGUGUGAGGAAUUGACUGCCGGAUGGCAGAUUCCCCAUAGGAUGAGACUCCACUCAGAGAAAAAAGAGAGACACUCUUCUUGGGAGAAGUGGGAAACACUGACCAGAGACAAUCAACCCCUCUGGAAAGAGGUGAACUACAGGGGCUGGUUCCCCUGAAUUCUAAUUUGCUAUAGGGAAAAAUGGGACGGGCAAUAUCCAGACAGAAAAGAGACGUUUUCGAACUUAUGCAAAAGCUGAUACAACAGCAUGCCAAACCUUUGCCUUCACAUCAUUUAAAGAUUUUAUUGAAAUGGACAUCACUUAAACUCCUGGAUGUUAUGGGAGGGGGCUUACAACUGGUCUGUGAGCCAGAGAGGGUUAAUGGAUAAGGUUUAUUUCUGAAAGGAGUUUUAUCAAGGUCAUUGGCAUGGAGACAGAAAAGAGAAAAGAGAAGAGAGAAGAGAGAAGAGAGAAGAGAAGAGAAGAGA